ACGAUGGUUCACAUAUGUCAAAAACUGCUAAGCUUUUCAAGCUGGUGGACAAAUUUUUUGACUGUCUAAAUGGUAGAUCAUUGAAGGAAUCAGCUUUCACAAGAAAGCCUGAUGUUGCUCCUUACAAUUCUCUUAAUGACCUAAGAUUUCAGUUCCUUGAGCAGGAGUUCCUACAAUACUUGGAGCAAUGGCUACAAGCUGUCAGAGCUAGACCUAGAUUCACCAAGGCUGAACAGAGCAAAAUGUAUCUUUCCUUCCAAACUCAGGAACGAAUAAUUAUGACAGGCAAUUUUUUCGUUGAGGCCACCACGUACCUCCUGCAACAUGGUGUGCCGUAUGUUCUGAACAAUGAUUUUUGCCAGGGCCCUCUAGAGGAGCAUUUCGGAAGACACAGAAGAUUGGGGGCAAAUUGGGAUAGCCCCUGA